GCAGGAGGAAGAGGAGGAGGAGGAGGAAGAGGAGGCCAGUGACAGUGUUGGAUGUGACCGGCGAGAGGGCAGCAGACGCCGGGGAGGCGAGCUCGUUUUUUCCGCUGGAAUACUCGGACUCGUACGUGUUUCACUGGAGGCGGAAUAUCGGACUAAAUCUAGGACUAAAAGCAGCAGACUUUUUCCACUAUGAAUCGUGCCUUCAACAGGAAAAAAGACAAAUCAUGGAUGCACACCCCCGAGGCCCUGGCCAAGCAUUACAUAGCCUACAAUGUCAAGCUCCUUGGUAACACAGAGGUGGAAGCCCCAAAGGGAACAGAGGUCGUAAAGGACGCAGUGAGAAAGCUAAAGUUUCAGAGGCACAUCAAAAAGUCAGAGGGACAGAAAACCCCAAAAGUGGAACUGCAGAUUUCCAUAUAUGGUGUGAAAAUACUCGAUUCCAAAACAAAGGAUGUGCAGCAUAACUGUCAGUUACACAGAAUAUCCUUCUGUGCAGAUGACAAAACGGACAAAAGGAUAUUCACAUUCAUCUGCAAGGACUCGGAGUCAAACAAACACCUCUGCUUUGUGUUUGACAGCGAAAAGUGUGCUGAAGAGAUCACGCUAACCAUCGGCCAGGCCUUCGACUUGGCCUACAAGAAGUUCCUGGAGUCGGGGGGUAAAGAUGUGGAGACCAGAAAGCAGAUUGGAAGUCUGCAGAAACGAAUUAAAGAGCUGGAAAACGAAAACUGCGACCUGAAGAAGCAACUUCAAGACCUGGAAGAGCACAUGAUGAUAGCACACGUGCCGCCACCGUUAUAUAUAAAUGCAGUUAAUGAGGCGUACAUGCUGCAGAGACCCUCUUCUCUCUUCUGGUGUCACGACAUCAACUCCUAUCUGGAAAUCUCUUCCGUCACGCUCACCCCUAUGAGCUCGCCAGAGUCCAACCUGUCUAGCGGACUACUAACUCCUCCGCCUGCCAAACCCACUUUCCUUCCUCCUAAACCUCCCGAGGGAUGCAGCAUCCCGAGACCCCGCGCAGGGAGCGUCUCCACGAAACCGCAGUCCACGGACGUUUUCGACAUGGUCCCCUUUUCCCCCGUGACCCCGCUGGUGCCCACGCAAGUCAGCAACGGCUGCCCCCCACCUCCACCUACCACACCGCCGUCAAAUAUAGCAAAAGACUUAUUUGGCGCGGAACCUUUUGAUCCGUUCACCUGUGGUGCCGCUGACUUCCCUCCUGAUAUUCAGUCAAAGUUGGACGAAAUGCAGCGUCAAAGAUGGAGGGGUUCAAAAUGGGACUAACUCUAGAGGGGACUGUCUUCUCCUUGGACCCGCUGGACAGCCGCUGCUGAUGCCGCCAUGAUGGUUUUUUUUGUCUGCUGCAUUCAGCGCCGUCUGUAGGUAACAAGUGCCAAACUCUGCUCCACGGUCGGGACGCCACAGUCGUCAUCUCUGUGUACAUUUGCAUUUAGAUCGUCUUGCGUUUGCUUUGUUGGAGACUUCAAGGAAUCGGUUUUAGAGAAGACAUAUUUUUGUAAGGACUGGAAGAGAGGGUGCAUGUAUAUACUUCCAUAUGUGCUCUCACUGUGAUAGUGAUGACAUCAUGCAACAUUAACACUCAUUACAUCAUCAUCAUCUUACACAUUGGUAUCAUUGUACACAUCUUAUUUUUGAUAUUGUGAUUUUAAUACAUUUCAGAUCAUACAUGUAACGGUCUAACUCUCUUGCACCAGAAGGCACUUUUUUUUUUGUAUUUUAAUUUUUGCUCUUUUUAUUUGUACUGUCACACUUAUUAAAGAAAAUGUUAUUGCACAAAACUGACACGAUGCUUUAUUG